CCCUCAAUAUAAUAAUGCGAGGUUUCUUCCUCUUCCUCCCCUCGAAUUAACCCUAGUAAAGAUAGAGAGAUAGGUUGAAUCAAUCAAUCAAUCAACUGGGAGCGAUGGAGAUGCUAUGCCUCGCAAGAAGAUCUACUGGGUACCUGAAAAAGUGUUUAUAUGACGCCGGAGCUUCUCUGCGUUCACGCAAUGGCUUAAGAAGCUAUAGUACCGGUGUAUCUGAUCAAUCACGGAUAAAGCCCUCCAUGUCAUUCGCUUCAGUAUCAUUCAUUGUGGAUGAAGCCAAGUACUUCAAAUUUAAUAUUCCUGGACUGGCAAAGACAGAGACCGAUGAAAGCCUUUCGUUAUUCGUAAACAUGCCUGGAGUGAAAAAGGAGCAUGUCAAGGCAUGUGUUGAAGAAACCAGGUCUUUGCUGUCCAUCCAAGGCCAAAAAUAUGAAGAAAGCUAUUACGGUGGUAGACUACCUAAAGUAACCUACCAUGCAUUCAUGGGGUUGCCGAAUAACUUCGUUUACAACAACACUUGUAUAAUCAACACAGAGAUGCCUCAAGAUGGAAUGUUUGAGGUCACCCUGCCCAAGCUUGAUCGCAUAGAAUUGAAAAAGACUAACUUCUUCACCAACAUCUACUAUACUCUUGGAUCUAGAUUCACUUUCCUUUUUUUUCUAGCAUCCCCUCUGGUAGAUGCUUGCUUGCUAUCUUAUCUUUAA